CUUAUUUUAGUAUAUUUUUUCCUCUUGAAAAAUGUAUAGAAAAUUAAGUUUGGUUCAAUUUUAACGAGUACCAUGGCUCUUCAACUCUAAGUGCUGCCAUUCAGCUUCUAAUGAUUGCAUUAACUGUCAAUAUUAGCCAAGUCAAGGCCCUAUCACCAGAUCAAACGUGUAAACUUGUUCAAAAUAACACCUACAUUGCCGAUCCCAACAACUGUCAAGGUUGGAUUUUAUGUCGCAAUGGCGCAGGUACUUAUGGCACAUGCAAUGACGACCUUUACUACGAUUCAACAAAUGGUGUCUGUGAUUUUCCACAAAAUGUCAAUUGCAACACCAAUGUCGAAACCAUGUGUUCCGGUCUAACUGAUGUCUACAAAGCUGAUCCAAAUGACUGCAACAAAUACUGCUAUUGUCAUGAAGGCGAAACCUAUUGCGUCAAAUGCCCAACUGGACAAGUUUAUGAUUCGGUAGCAAUCAAAUGUGUUUGGGCAUCAUCAUCAUCUUGUAUUGCCAAUUCACCAUGUUUGUUGGUACAAAAUGGUUUCAUGGGUGACGGUAAGAGUUGCAAUGGAUGGUUGCGUUGUGCUGAUGGACAAGUUGUAUCUAAAGGUGUUUGUGGAACUGAUCGUUAUUUCAAUCCAAACAAUGGAUUGUGUGAUUAUCCACAGAAUGUUAAGUGUGCAUCGAACCCAGUUGGACCACCUGGCCCAUCUGUUAAUGAAGAUCCUGUUGCCCCAGCUGGUCUAUGUAAAAAAGCAGGCUAUUUCUAUUCUGAUAAUUUAUCAUGCACUGGUUACUUUUAUUGUCCGAAAGCAAACGAUCAAGGUCAAUUCGGAAAGUGUCCUAAAAAUAGUGCAUUCAGUGAGAGUUUACAACAAUGUGUUGAUCCAGAUAAGGUUGUUUGUAACAAGGAUCGUUGUGAUGGUGUGACGAAGUCAUUUAUGGCUAUUGCCAAUACAAAAUGCAUGCAAUAUUAUAAUUGCAGAGAUGGCGCUUCAUAUGCUCAGGGUAAAUGUCCAAGUGGUAAUCCUUACCUCAAUGAAAUAGCUGGAGUUUGCCAGGAAAAGAAGCCAAAUUAUCCCAUAUGUAACUAA